GCCAUCACUGGGUUCAGGUCAAAUCCCCGUUAUCGGCUGCUAUCCGCCUCGCCAUGUCAGAUCCUGCCAAUCCACCACGUCUUACCUUCGACCCAUCAUCGCUGCCAAUUGCGCAACUCGAAUCGUUGAAGUUCAAAGCCAAUCAAAUGGUAGAAUCCAUUCAACUUCUACAGCGGACGAUUGAAUAUGGUGGUCAGAACGCCAUGCCGGCAUGGCCAGACGUUCUGUCAAAAUACAAUAUUCUACUCUCUCAAUCCCACAAUCUCGCCACCUCUUUGCUAGGACCUACAUUCGCGAGCGCGACUGGAUCUUCCAGCUCAAAAGGAAAUCCGUACGAGAGGCUCUCACUGCAUCCCAGUGUUCCCCUGACAGACUCGCAGCUUGACAACGAGCUCAUCCCACUCUUACGAAACCAGCAGACGACAAAUGUCCUGAAAAUUGAGAACGAUAUUGUUCGUCAUCUCUCCGAACAUAUGGAGACAAAGGGAACGCUAGGGGUUCUCACGCAGACGGGACGACCCAACGGGCCAGCCCAGGGCAAGCGGACAGAAUACGAGGAUGUCCUAAGUGAAUGCGAGCAGAUCCGCGUCGAACACGACGAGAGGGUCGAUCGUGCGGUACGUGCUGUCGCUAUGCUUCGCGAGAAGUACGACUGGAAGGCCCGCGUCGCCGUCGAUCAAGAAGAGCCCGAGGACCUCGAGUGGGAUAUUGCUCCCUUCUCGCAGUCUCUUGGCGGGGAUGAUGGCACAAUGCGCACUCCUGGUGGUGCAGGCGAUGUUGACAGCGCGGAAACCCCGGACGGCGCGCAGAGCAAUGACAGUGAGGAAGAGGAAGAACUUGAGGAGGUCCUUGGCAAUGGUGGCGACCACACCCCGGGCGGUACACCAGGGGGUAGCGGAGCUGCUCCUUCCUCCGACUUGGCCGCCACUCCCAUGAUCGAGGGAUAGUUGGUCCAUGUCAACUUUCAUCAUGUGACUGCGCUUAUGCAUGAGGGCGUUACCAUGAUUGAUGUUCUUGUUGCAGUGAUCGAUCAUAGUUUCUGGCAGGACAAAUUCGUUCCUCAAGCUACCGAGCCAGAGAAGUCGAAACAGACCUGUAUCAGGCCAUUGUAUCAAUGCAUCCUGAGAAGUUCGUGUCACAAUUCAUCAAUAUUCCGUUGCUUGCCUCUUCUAUCUUAUACGGAACCCACGAUGUCUAACAUUCUACUAUUUGAUUACAAUGGAAAGCGCUGUUUCCUCUUGCG